ACCUCUCUACAGAAGCGCAGUACGAUUUUUCCUACUGGCUAGCUGCUAGCAAGUUAAAUAAUUAGGGUUGCAAGUUGCAAAGUAAGUAAGAAAAGAGGCUGAGAGAGAAGAGAAGAGAAAUUUGAAGUGAGUUUGAAUGAUGGGCGAGUCAGAUAACGAGUCAGGAGGUCAAGGAGGGAACGAGUUCUCAUCAUCAUCAGGAGGUAGUGGACUAUGCAGAGAACAGGACCGCCUUCUUCCGAUUGCCAACGUCGGAAGAAUCAUGAAGAAGGCACUUCCGGCGAACGCCAAGAUCUCAAAGGAGGCCAAAGAGACGGUGCAAGAGUGCGUUUCUGAGUUCAUAAGCUUCAUAACAGGGGAAGCUUCUGACAAGUGCCAGAAGGAGAAGCGGAAGACCAUCAACGGUGAUGAUCUCUUGUGGGCCAUGACUACGCUCGGAUUCGAGGAUUAUGUGGAGCCUCUCAAGAUUUAUCUCCAUAAAUACAGGGAGAUGGAAGGUGACAAGACUCCCAUCGUUGGUGGCGGCAGACAGCACCACCCUGAUGAUCACGCCGGUGAUGACGCUGCCACCGCCGGAGCCCUUUAUGGUGGCGUGCCUUCUACUAUGAUGAUGAUGAUGGGCGGACACGUGUAUGGAUCUGCCAAUAAUGGAUCAGCAUCUUCUGGAAGAACUACUAGGUAGCACUUGUUCGUUACCUCUUUAAUUAUUAUUAUUUUUGUUUUUUAUGACUUUAGAUUACACCACUUUCUUGCUUGUAAUCUUGUUCUUAAUUAAUUAAGAUAUAUAUAGAGAUUAUUAUGGAUUA